GGCUGAGACGGAGGGAGUUUGAGCGAGCAAACAGAAGCUUGGGGGGAACAGUGUGAGAGCGCGGUAGAAAGGAAGGGGAACAGAGGUAGAAAGGGGCAGUUCAGAGCCAUGUUGGCAUUUAUUUACAAUUCCUAGCCGUCCGGCUUCAAGCCUCUGCGACAUGGUGCAGUUUUUGCUGCAAAUGUUGCAGUGCAGGUCACCUGCUUCUCUUUUGGGGAAACCGAACAACCCCAGGGAGGUUUGAAUUUCUGGCACAAGUGCUCAGCACUGCGGCACCCUGAUUCAAGCAAAGGAAUGUAGCAGAAAGGCUGGACUGAGCCGAGGAUCAUCUUUCCAUACUUUUGGUCCGCUACCAUCCAUCAGCCGCUGCAUUCACUCCACCCUUCUGCCUCUGUACACCUCUCCUGCUCUGUGUAUGGGAGGUGAGGCACUGGCAGACAGUCAGCCAGCAUGCGGCGGUGUGAACGGGCAGCCCAGUGCCCACAACACGCUAUGGACGUCAGACACUCCUUGCUGUACUAAUGAAAGGCUUCAAGCUCGCCUGCACUGCCAGUAAUUCAAACAAGAGCACACCAGCCUGCUCGCCAGUCCUGCGUAAACGCUCACGCUCGCCCACACCACAGAGCCUGGAGUGUGAGAACAUGGUGGAGAAGGGUUCAGACCACUCCUCUGACAAGUCCCCCUCCACACCUGAGCAGGUCCCCCAGAGAACGUACACGGUGCAGUCGGCACGAAGCGGCGGAAAGAACUCCAAGUCUCACAAGCGACUUUCCAAAUAUGACAGACUAAACCUGAUUAAAAAGAGCCAAAGCUGGUACAAUCAUGAACGACAACACAUCCUGAGAGUGCUGAGCCCAACAUACAAGCAGCGAAAUGAGGACUUCAGGAAACUCUUCAAGCAGCUCCCGGACACAGAGAGGCUCAUUGUGGACUACUCCUGUGCUCUCCAACGGGACAUCCUCCUGCAGGGACGACUCUACCUCUCUGAAAACUGGAUCUGUUUCUAUAGCAACAUCUUCCGCUGGGAAACUCUUCUGACAGUGAGACUAAAGGACAUCUGCUCAAUGACGAAAGAGAAGACAGCUCGCCUCAUUCCCAAUGCCAUCCAGGUCUGCACAGACAACGAGAAGCACUUCUUCACCUCAUUUGGGGCCAGGGACAGGACCUACAUGAUGAUGUUCAGACUGUGGCAGAAUGCGCUGCUCGACAAGCCCCUGUGCCCUAAAGAACUGUGGCAUUUUGUCCACCAGUGCUAUGGCAACGAGCUUGGCCUCACCAGUGACGACGAGGACUACGUUCCCCCUGAUGAUGACUUCAACACCAUGGGGUUCAGUGAAGAGAUUCCCAAUGAAGAGAAUGAGAUCAACGUUGACAACCUGACAAAAAACAGUGCCGAAGCCAAGCCUGAGCCCAGCCCUCCGCUACACAAGAAGACCAUCCCGAACAGCACCCUCCCCGGCCCUGGCCACCACGACACACCCAUUACAUUUGAACUCCCAGCAGAGGAAUUUGCAGACUGCCUACCAGAUGGAGAGCUGCUGGCCGUGUCUCUAGCGGUGGAGGACAAGAACGAAACCAGCGGGCCUGGUGGUCUUGUCCCCUCACCGUCACUGGACUUAAACGACAAUGAAGACAUCCCCACCGAGCUCAGCGACUCCUCCGAAACCCACGACGAGGGUGAGGUACAAGCCUUUCACGAGGAUCUGAACGGCAGGCAGCAUAUCAAUGAGGUGUACAAGUUCAGCGUGGACAAGCUCUAUGACAUCCUCUUCACUGAGUCUCAGUUCAUGAGCGACUUCAUGGAGCAGAGGCGAUUUUCAGAUGUGGUGUACCAUCCGUGGAAGAAAGAAGAGGCUGGGAACCAGACCAGAGAGAUCAUGUACACCAUCUCCCUGUCCAACCCCCUGGCACCUAAAACAGCCACAGUCACUGAGACACAGACUCUGUAUAAAGCCAGUCAGGAGAGCGAGUGUUACAUAAUCGAUGCUGAGGUCAUCACACAUGACGUGCCCUACCACGAUUAUUUCUACACUCUGAACCGUUACAUGCUCACGCGGGUGGCCAAGAACAAGUGUCGGUUACGAGUGUCGACAGAGCUGCGCUACAGGAAACAGCCGUGGGGGCUGGUGAAAGGCUUCAUUGAGAAAAACUUCUGGAGUGGACUGGAGGAGAACUUCCGCCAUCUCGAGAUGGAGCUGUCCAAGCUGGAAGAGAUGCUGACCGAGGCCCACCAGUUAUCUCCAAAGGCCAAAGUGAUAAAGAACUCCACGGUGAGGCGGAAGAAGAGGCCGCUCCCCCACAUGCGCAGCCAACAUCUGGAUGAGGCCCUCAGUCCUGUUACCACGCCAACAGAUGAGGAAGUGAUCCAGAGGAUCAAACAAGUGGCCGGCUCCACGCAGACCAGACACCAGAGUCCAGAACACCAUCACCUGCCCGGAGGCCUGGCUCUGUACAGCGUCUCCAAGCUGCUGCUCAUCAUCAGUUUUGUUCUGGUUCUGCUGGUCUUCCUAAACAUGAUGCUCUUCUACAAGCUGUGGAUGCUGGAGUACUCUGCACAGUCCUUAACAACCUGGCAAGGUCUGCGGCUACAAGAGAGUAAACUGCCUCAGACACAGAUGGAGUGGGCCCAGCUCCUGGAGGCGCAGCAGCGUUACCAUGACGCUGAGCUGCAGAAGUGGAGAGAGAUAAUCAAGUCGUCAGUAGUGCUGCUGGAUCAGAUGAAAGACUCUUUAUUGAACCUCCAGCGAGGGAUUGGUUUGAGGGACUACAACUCUGAGACAGAGGAGAAGAGAAGUCGCUAUCACUGACGAACCACCACAAGGCCAUGAGGGCAUGCUGUGCAAUAUGAGACCUGUUUUGUUUGUGAACCGAUACGCAGGCAUCAGCAAGACAGUCAGAGGACAUAAGGGGAGGUGGGACCAACGGUGACCGGGUCCAAAGAUGCAAAGAGAGGAACAGUCGUUUCCAGAAAUUAACACUCCUCCCCAGGGGAGGCAAUCAUGGACACACACGGGGAGCUGAGGUGUUCCCCCAACAUCACUGAGGCAUUAUGGGAGGAUAACCGUUUCCUUCAGCUCUCUUUGUUUCCGAGUGCAUCCCACCGUAAGCCAUGUCGAGGAGAGAGGGGCAGAGAGAAAGAAGGAACUACUGCAUGCAUGUAGACAACCUAGCUCCCCUCAGUCAGUGUUAAUGUGGUCCAGUUCCAGUCUAUGUAUGUCAAAACAAAACAAAAAAAAACAGAACAGAAGAAGGGAGAUUGAGUCAAAGGAAACGGGAGUCCUUUCGGGUCUUUAUGGCUUUUUACACUCUCUCGACUGUUCCGUACCAACCUUCCCCUGGAGGUCCUCGCUGUAGUGUCCCUUUAAUAAACAUCCACGUGAUCAGACGACAGUUUGGCUCCAGAGAAAAUAAUAAAUAUAUAUAUAGAUAUAUUGUAGGAUAAUAAUCAAUCCCUAUGUUCUUGUUUGAACCAGGCCUCCACAGUUCCUGUCAGGGCUGGUUCCCUGUCGGACUGCCGGGUUCAAACAUUGAAAAGUCAGAUCUGUGGUUCGAUCAGAGCCCAUCAGAGCCCCGUCUUUUUUUCUUUUUUUUCUCUACUUGGGGCACAAAUCACGUGAUUACUCAGCCCUCCCACAUGCAUAGCAUUACUUCUCAAUCUUCAGGUGAAGUGGAAUGUAUUAGUCUGGAUUAAUAAGCCAACUUUGAUCACAGUUUAUUGAUCUUUGUUACGGGGACUCUGCAGCCAGACCAGUAGGGAGACCUGCUAUUCUUACGUGUUUCAUUACUAAACUGUGAUUAUAUCUCUUUAAAGAUGUUUCAAAUUGGAAAGGAUUCUAUGAAUAUAUUUGAAAUAUAUAAGAAUAUUUCAUUAUUUAAUAAUAUAUAUAUUUCAAAAUAUAUAAACAUUACCUAUAUUUAUUGUUAAUUUAUGUACAUACAGAAAUUAUCAGAGCUCUAGACCAGUUACAGAAUUUCUAACUAAAAGUGUUUUCUUCUUAGAGAUGCAUGCCAGAUAUGUCUGUGACAUGUCCAGUGUGCAAGUAUGAUUCUACAUUUGCGCGAUUAUAUUCGCGUACAUUUGUGUGAGUGAGUGCGUGCGUGCGUGCGUGUGUGCGUGUGUGUGUGUGUGUGUGUGUGUGUGUGUGUGUGUGUGUGUGUGUGUGUGUGUGUGUGUGUGUGUGUGUGUGUGUGUGUGUGUGUGUGUGUGUGCGUGUGUGCGUUGGAAGUGAUGGCAUUUUUACCAUUCCACUCUUGUAUGUUUCUUAUAUUUUUCCUUUCCUGGCUCACGCAGCCAGACUGCCUUUUAUUUUGAAUGCUAAUGCAUUUGGAAGUCGCCUUGCAUUAGUCCCACCAGGGUACAGUUUACAGCCCCGAGAGUUUUUGUUCCAAAGUGAUGCAUCCAGUAUUUAAAAACAAGUUUGUCACUGUUACUUCUGCUUUUACAGAGUGAUUGAGUGCUUAAAUAAAUGUCUUUUUUUGA